AUGCCGUCUACUUCCAGUUCAAAUAGGGUACCAAUCUCGCGCAAGAUACGAAAAAAGCGGGCAAAGCAGCGUGAAAUUGAAGUAGAGGAGUGCAAACUCUCCAUAUACCGCAGAAGUUGCUUCCAGGGAACCGCUAUCGUUAGACUUAGCGACCUUAAGUCCGACGCAAACUUCAAACGAGACACCAAAAAUCAUCCAAAUAUCGCUCGCCUGGAGCAACUCUUUAACUACCAUGGAUUCCUACGUCUAGAUGAAAAAUACCACAUACCCGUCAUGAUUGACACGUCCGAGUGGGGAAAACGAGUGAAAUGGCAAGACCCGAAAAGCUUAGCACCAGAAGUGCCGCUGCCAGAAUUGGAAGUAGCUCACGAUUGUCAAUUAUUUGUACUUGAUCACGAGGAUGUCGUUGCUGCAGCUCUAAAGAGGUUCGAAGAAUUGAAUAUCGAAGACCGCUGGUGCGUGGUCGACGUCUACGUUACUGAAGCCGAAGAAGCCUGUGACCAACGUGACGAGCUCAUUCGCACCCUCCAGGAGAGUUAUUCAAAUGACCGAUUUCCUCCGGAUGGUCGAAUUUAUCGGAAAAUCCGCUCUUACCAAGGAUAUCCUCACAGACAAUCAUCAAAGAAGGCAGCGGAGAAUUACUGGUGGGCUGUUUUGGAAAGCUCCCCAGGGAGUAGAAAAGGGGGCCGAAGCAGGAAAGGAGAUUAUCUCAAAUCAUUACUGAAACACAAAUUGUUACGCGAAAGUUUUGAUAACCUUCUUCCAGUUGAUGGUCUUUGGGACGACAUGAAUAUCGGCGUAUUACACAAGCUGAUGGCGAUGAAGUGUGACGAGCCAAUCAUAUGUUACUUGAGGAAAAUAAAAGAUACUUUCUACAAUCUGGCAGGAAAUGACAAUAAUAUUUUGGCAGCCGUUGACGGAGGGACAAUCAAGAAAAUCAAAUCACUGGCGCCAAAAGUUUCCAAAAGAGACCUUGAAUUUUUAGAGACGGGAAUGGAAAACAAGGAUCUGUUUCCUGCUAUUGUGGAUCCUCAGGAUCGUGAUCAGAUUUUGCGAUAUCUGCGAAACAUUGACUUUCCUAUCCCCACCCUAGAGACAUUCUUUCAAGACAUACUAUACCUCGACGUAUGUCAGAAUGUCAUGCGACAAUUGUGUAUAAACCAGCCGAAGAGGAAGAUCAAGCGAAGGAGAUAUAGCGAGGAGGAAGACAACCAAGAGGAAGAAGCUGAGGGAACAGCUCCUACGAUUGACGAAAGUUUGAGAAGCCAAUAUAACAGUAUCCCUGAAGGUGGGCUUAUUUCAAGAGCACAUAUCGAAGUAUUGCUAAAAAGAGACCUUUGCGACUUGUGGCGUUUCAGUUUCCAGUAUGCGUUUGAGAUGACGACAGUUAAGGAGCACCGCCGCCGUGUUCCACGAAAACACGUUGAUAUUGAGCGUGCAAUUAGCCUGGGCCUUCACGAGCGUCAUAAUAGUUUUGACUUAUCGGGCCUCCGGCAUCACUUCUUCUGGCUGGCUAGGAAUCAUGGGUUUGAAAUUCCCGCCAACGAUGAAAGCCAAUUGCAACCCGUUGAACUUCCCCGCGCCAUGCGAAGUGAUUUUCCACCUGAUAAUGAAGAUGUCGGCCAGGAGAGACGAAGCGGAAAGCCAUUUACAGACUCAAUAGACCCUGACCGUUUCGCCCUUUCAAGGGAGUCAUUGAGAGGUGUUAGCGACUACCAAAGAGUCAGCGCAGCUUUUGUGCGUCGUUCUGUCUUUCUAGCGUUCUUUGCGUACUUUGAUGCUGGAAUUCCAGACAGUCCGGUUUUAUAUCCACGAGUUGUGGCAGCCGAGCCAACCCCAGAUGAAAUGGACAUUCUCCUUGCAGAUACUGACGCCGUGUGGGGAACAGAGGCAAGAGACCAUGGCAUGAGCUCAGAUGGCGAGUUUGUAUGGGCACCAUAUGCGGGGUCCCCUGGCGUACCCCAAAUCCCAAUGGAGGAUAGAACCACUUAUGCGGAGCUAGCUAGCUGGGAUCAGCAGUACGGGAUCUAUCCGUUCUAG